ACAUACCCUGUUGAUUUCAGGGCAUUUCUGAAGUUAGUCUAAAUGGACUGGAUGCAUGGCAGCUCAUGAGUUACCCAGCGAGUGACCUGAAAUGAAUAGCGAGUGAGCAACUUGCAUGAAAGUGAAUGGUCAUCACUUGGGUACAGUAGAAGAGAUUCAGUCAUCGCUUAAUUAUUGAUGAGCAUCAAAUUGUUAUCAGCUCGGCCGAUAACGCGGACCCUCAACGACACGUGAACCCGUCAUAAAUGGAAAUCCAAGACGGUGCAAAGUCUCAGACGGGUGUCCGGCCUCGCCACUCGCAAGCGUGGCGCCAUGUCGAACGCAGUCUUCCUGCUCCUUGUUGCGCUUAUGGCGCGGAGCGCCGCCGCACCCGGCGGCCGCGCAUCCCAACCCGCCAAGCGUCUCCUGCUGAUCUCCUUCGACGGCUUCCGUUGGGACUACGACCGGGACGUGGACACGCCCCACAUGGACAGGAUGGCGCUGGACGGCGUCAAGGCUAAAUACAUCACGCCACCCAUGCUCACCAUGACCUCGCCGUCGCACUUCACCACCAUCACAGGCCGCUGGGUGGAGGACCACGAGGUAGUCCACAACAUGAUGUUCAACGCAAAGACCAACCAGAAGGUUCCUCACAAGGAGACCUUGAAGCGCUCCGAGUGGUGGGACAAUGGAGUUCUGCCGCUCUGGAUCACGGCACAGAACCAGGGUUUGAAGACGGCCUCGUUCUACUACCCCGGAGGCGGCGCCACCUACGGCGGGCGGGCGGUCGACCGGGCCGUGGUGGAGGAGGCGGGGCGCCCCGACGACAACGAGACCGAAUGGCGGCAAAACAUCGACACGGUGCUGAGCUGGUUCUCCGAGGAGGAUUUCCACCUGGUCACCCUGUAUUACGGAGAGCCCGACAACGUGGGGCACGCGCGGGGCCCAGACCACGAGGACCGCAAGGCCAUCAUCCGGCAGAUCGAUCGCACGCUGGGAUACCUUCGGGACGCCAUCGCGCGUCGCGGUCUGGACGGCCACCUCAACGUCAUCGUCACAUCUGACCACGGGAUGACCACCGUCAAGAAGCGCCCCCUGGUGGACGAGAUCGUGCUCAACAAGUACUUGAAUCUGCUCAAGCUGGCCAGCUUUGAAAUUCUGGACUACGGCGGCUUCGGGAUCCUGACGCCGCGGCCGGGAAUGGAGGCCGAAGUGGUGGCGGCGCUGGCCAAGGCUCCCAACCUGACCGUCUACACCAAGGACGACAUGCCCGAGAGUUUCCGCCUGGCUCGGAGCCGACGCUUGCCUCCAGUCGUGGUGGUGGCAGACCUCGGCUUCAACCUCAACUCGAGAUUCAUCGUGUACGUGAACAAAGGCGACCACGGCUUCCACAACGGCGAGAUGGACAUGAAGAUGAUCUUCAGGGCCUUCGGACCAGACUUCAAGAAGAACUUUGUGUCCGAGCCCUUCGACAGCGUCCACAUUUACCCGCUCAUGUGCCACUUGCUUGGCAUCCGGGGUGAGCCCAACAAUGGAUCCCUGGAGCAGACCGCUGAUAUGCUAGUCACCGCCCAUGGCGGAGCAGGAGGACGGGGAACGAGCUCGCCGUCGCCGGUGACCGUGACGUUAGUCUUCAUCUUCAUCUCCGUGCUGACGCUCUAACGCUCAGAACCGCCACGAUGUCAUCGCUGGCACCCUUGACCAUCGCGGAGUCAUUCACUAACAAUGAACCAUUUAAAGGGCAUUCGGUGAACUGUAAAUGCCCCAACAGGCAAUGGCAGCCAAUGAGUUAA